AUAGGAGGAGCCUGUAUGUUUAAAGGUGUGAAGUUUCUACAUUGAGCUCAGCUUUCUGAAAGUGUCUCCAGACAGAAUGCAGGCUUGUGAACUCGCUGCACUGAUAUUGCUGACUGUAGUGAGCUGCUCCAGACAGUAUGAAGAGCUGCCCCAGACUACACUCACCCUGGAGCCUCCAUUCCCAGAGAUAUUCACCGGGGAGACAGUCACUCUGAGGUGUGGGGUUGAGGGGGGUUCUGCUGGCUGGAAAUAUCUCUGGUACAAAGACAGUGAGGACACUCCGGUGCUCCAGACUGCUGGCCGCAGUAUAACUGGUGACAGCUACACAAUCACUGCAGCUGCUGUAUCUGACCAGGGCCAGUACUGCUGUCAAGGACAAAGAGGAGAUCAGCCACUCUACUCACAGCUCAGUGAUGAAGUGACAGUAACUGUGUCUGAGGGUCAUCCUCUUGCUGUCCUGACCCUGCAGCCUGCCUGGGCACAGAUAUUCACAGGAGAGACAGUCACCCUGAGCUGUGAGGUGGAGGGGGGCUCUGCUGGCUGGAGGUUUAAACAGUACAGAGAUGGACGUGAAGAGGCAGGGUGCAGUGAUCAAUACAGCAGUAGAUAUGGGGACAGCUGCACAAUCAGUUACGCUCAGAAUUCCCACAAUGGAGUGUACUGGUGUGAGUCUGCAUCAGGACAGGAGCGCAGUAAUGCUAUCAACUUAACUGUGUCAUAUAAACGAGUGAGCCUGCAGACUCCCCCCCAGCCUGUGUUUGAGGGAGACACUCUGACUCUGAGGUGUCUUAUCCGUGAUGGUUAUAAAGCUACCAGGGUUAUAUAUUAUAAAGAUAAUAAAGAGUUACAGUCCCAGGCUGACACAGAGCUGAGUGUGGAUCGUGUUUCAAAGAGUGACGAGGGGUCCUACAAGUGCACAGCGCAGUGGAGCUCCUCCACUUACUCUGGUGACUCUGCAGAGGUGCGGGUGACAGUGAGAGCUCUGUUCUCCAGGAUGACUCUGACAGCAUCUCCAGGAGCCACAGUGAAGGAGGGAGAGGCUCUUAACCUGACCUGUGAGGCAGCAGUGAACAAAACCCCCCGCCCUGAACUCCACUACACCAUUGUGAGAGACGGGGAGCCUGUGACUAACAGCACUGACUCUGCACUGUACAGCAUAGCCAGCACUGAGAAGAGCCACACUGGGAGCUACACGUGUGCUGUGGAGUCACAGGGAGUGAAGAAGAGCAGCCAGGAGCUACACAUUGAAGUGCAAACGUCCUGGCACAGCGCUGUUGCUAUUGGCUACAGAGUGAGCUUCACUCUGAUUCAUUUCAUUGUGUUUACUCUGCUGCUCCUUCAAUACUGCAGGAUCCAAGGUUCCCUGUGUCUCGCUGGUGGUAAGUCAAGGAAAACCUCGGAUCAGGAUCAGGAGCAGUCAGCAGAGGGGAUUGAGCUCUCCAGCCGUGUGCAGCACACUGGAGUGGAACUGGAAUAGUGCUGCAUUACCAUAGACUGGAGUGGUACUGGAAUAGCGCUGCAUUACCAGAGACUGGAGUGGAACUGGAAUAGCGCUGCAUUACCAUAGACUGGAGUGGAACUGGAAUAGUGCUGCAUUACCAUAGACUGGAGUGGAACUGGAAUAGAGCUGCAUUACCAGAGACUGGAGUGGAACUGGAAUAGUGCUGCAUUACCAUAGACUGGAGUGGAACUGGAAUAGAGCUGCAUUACCAGAGACUGGAGUGGAACUGGAAUAGUGCUGCAUUACCAUAGACUGGAGUGGAACUGGAAUAGCGCUGCAUUACCAUAGACUGGAGUGGAACUGG